AUGCCGAAGCUGCGAGGAAUAUCUAGUGAAUGACUGUGAGUGUGUGAGUUAUUUUCUUUUCUCACCACAAAGAUACUACGACUGGAAUAAUGUGGGAAAAGUUUACGAAAAGAUAAAUGAUGAAUCUUAGGCAACAGGCCAGUCAAUGAUAAUAUAUAAUUAAUGUUAUCUUCAGACACUGGCAAAUAACCAAUCGUUGCCUAUUGUGUAACCUAUUCGACUUUCAAACUUUACGCAAAAUCGAUAGACCAGCAUAUAGCCUAAAGCAGGAUUUUUCUCACACUUCGUGAAAUCUCUACAGAGAAUGUGUUAUAAUUAUCGACGACUGAUCUCCUGGGUAGCGGUGCGCUGUCCAUUGUCCUGAAAUUACGCUCUUCAAAUAGCCUAAUCAAACUAGGGCAAUUCGCCACCACGCCAUAGAAAUACUGUAGAUGAAAUAUGAGAUUAUUCGAGGCUUAAAGUGUUUUUUCUUUCUUUGAUCGUGAACAGGGAGAGUGCCCAAGACAGCUAUCCCAGAGAACACUGAAUAUGAGAACUCGAACCAGGGUUAUAUUGCAUUCCCUAUUACUUUUGGUUUUAGUAGGUAAGUGUUUGCACUUACAUUAUGCAUUUGUCUCUGAUAGUUUAAAAUCACACCUGAUUUAGACUUGUGAUCCGACGGUUAUUGACAUGAAUUGACACAUCACAAUCAAACAAGUUGAAAUCCCAACACUUAGGCCUUUAUGUUCCAUCAUCAUUUACGUGACCUUUUUUUCAACUGACCACUUUGAGAGGUCUGACUAAGGCUAGUAUGGCAUGAUUUGACACGGUCAAGUGACAUAGUAAGCCUAUAAUAACAUUCACUUUUAUAUAAAAUAUUCUAAAUAUUUCACCAGUUAUUCCAACAUUUAAAAACAUGAACAAACUAAUAGAGGUACUUAAAUAGGGAGCAUACAGUAGAUCCUCUUCUCACUUCUCAGUAAGUUAAAGCCUCAGAUGAGCCCUGUCUGUGCUGCCGUUCAGAAAUAAGAAAUAAAUGAAUUCAUACAUAACAUUAGGCUACUGACAUAUAAUUUAGACUGGGUUUCUACCUGGUCCUCUUUCCCAGUAUGUUUCUGUGUCACUUUCACAUACUGUGACUGUCCCGGUUUCCAUGUGGCUGCAUGUAUGACCCUUCAGAAUGAGCUGGAGAUGUGAUCGAUGUUGACAGACAGCCCGGGGCUCUGGGUUACAUAAUACUAACCCUGUGUUUCAUCAGUCAGUCACACAAAGACUCCAUGCAGAAAACCACAUAUUUUCAUCCCUCAAUCACUAUAGCAGCCUAACUGGGGUUGUCUGUGUCCCAAAUGGCACCCUAAUCCAUAUAUAGUGCACUACUUUUGACCACAUAGUGCACUACUUUUGACCACAUAGUGCACUACUUUUGACCACAUAGUGCACUACUUUUGACCACAUAGUGCACUACUUUUGACCACAUAGUGCACUACUUUUGACCCGGGCCCUGGUCUAAAGUAGUGCACUAUAUAUGGAAUAUGGUGCUGUUUGGGAAUCAGCCCUUGUGUAGUGGGGUGGAUGAUACUACGCUCACUGCAUGUGUCCACGGUUGUCAGUCCAGUGUGAAAUAUAUUUUGGUACGGGGUGUGAGAAUGUAUUAUGUGGUGAGUGAGUUGUGAUUUGAGAACAGUGGUGUCUAUGGCACUGCAUUAUGCCAGUCUGACUGGCACAACAGGGAGCUCAUCCAAGGCUGGCGCACAUGACAUCAUUAAGAGGGCAGCAAAUUAGGUCACAGGGUUAUCCGAUAGAACACCACACUCUGACAACAGACCAGGGGGUGAUGGGCGGAGGGUGUGAUUGAAUAGAAUACAAUCAUACAUUUGUGUUUUUGCUGUCUUUUAUUCCCACCUGCUCUCACAUGAGUGUUAUCCUGGAGGCAGAACUGAGUGAUUUUCCCUUAGGCCAGCUGCAAAGUCAAAAUUGGCUAUAUUAAUUUAUGGUUAGGGUUAGACAUUAGGUUUAACAGUGUGGUUAAGGUCAGGGUUAAGGUUAGGGUUAGGUUUAAAAUCUGAUUGUAUGACUUUGUGACCACUCUGCGGAGCUGCCUGCAGAACAAGAUUCAUGACAAAAAACGCGAACCUGCCUCUCUCUCUCACACACACACACACACACACACACACACACACACACACACACACACACCCACACACACACACACACACAAACACGAUUAUGUAUCUCUGGGUGAUGUGUACUGUACAUGCUACAAUGUGGUGCUUGGGUGAUGCCGCUCUGUGUGUUACUAUCACCAGUGCAGGUGAGCAGGCCAGUAUGUGUGGAUGUGCCCUCGGAAACAGAGGCAGUCGUUGGGAACCCCAUGAAACUGACCUGCAUCUCCUGUAUGAAGAGAGAGGAGGUCAGCGCAGAGACACGCGUGGACUGGUACUACAUCCCACCUGACGAAGAACCCAUGCCUGUAGGUCUCCUCCAUCUAACAUCCAUUUUCACAUUACAAUUAUUUCACCUGAUGAUAGGACCAGCAGUUUUUCAUGACCAUGUGACCUGACCAGGAAUGAUUGCCUAUAACUAGGGCAUGGAGGCUUUUCCUGGUCAGGCUGUAUGGCCCACAAAUACUUUGAACUAUGAGGGAAAAAUCAGGCAAAGUUAGCUAACAACGAUUAGUGUGUGUGUGUGUGUUUUUGUGUGUGUGUGUGCCUGCUACAUUGCCCCCUCAGAUCUACCUGUUUGAUGGACAACCCAGGGAGCUGGACGGGCCUUGGAGGGGUCGCCUGGUGUGGAAUGGAAGUAAAGAUCUGCAGGAACUCUCCAUCAGUAUCCUCAACGUCACAAUGAACGACACGGGCACCUAUAAGUGUGUGGUAUUCCGACAGUUUGAGUUUGACUGCUACUCUCCUUCGGUUACCAACAGCCUGGUAAUCAACCUGGUGGUCAGAGAAGAAGGUAAGGGUACUUCCUGUUCCUUCUUGUUUUGUAAUUGUACUUCCUGUGCUUUCAAGCUCCUAGCUGGAGGCUUAACUAUCUGUGGUUUGCGUAUUUAUACAUGCUCUGCCCGUAUACCCUAUUCUUCUUGGUUGUGGCCAUGUGUUUUGACAAAACUUAAAAUUAAAAUGUAUUAUUUGGUCUUAGGUGCUAUUAGGUAUAUUAAUCUAAUUUACAAUUUUCAUUAAAUGUUUUUAAUAGUUGUAUUGUAUGAGUAAUUGUGUUUUUUUGUUCUGUUUUUAUUAUUAUCAAAGCUCAGUUGGUUUUUCUAACCAACUAUUUUACUAUCUAUUAUAAGGGGUAAUAUACAUCAUUUGGUUUCUAUUUACUGGAUGCUUUCUGGAUGUUCACCUCACUCAAAAAUACUAUUUAAUAGGUGUAUUUGUAUAUAAUUAUUCCUACAUUCACUUUACAAUACCUCUAUCUGCCUAUCUAUUGUGGACUGCUGGCUGGUUCAUAUCUGCAUACAUCUACAUUUGACAAUAGUCAUUACCAACUAUAUUUUAGUUUGCCCUUGUAUACAUUACGUCAAAUGUACAACUUUUCUUUUGCAUCUCAUACCAUAGUGGUGUCCUAUUGCAAAAAGCUGUGGGUCAGCGAUACAUUUUUCAUUCCAAUAUACGAAGGGAUUUACGAUAUUGAUAUCUUUCUGCAGCUAUUUGGAAGUUUCACACAGAAAAUGCUGUGCCUCAGGUUUCUUGGAGUUUGGCAUCAAUUCAUUGAGACAGUGGUUCUCAUCAGAUCCAACUCCAAAAUACCUUAUUUAAAUCGAAGGAAAAUCUUUCCACUUAUAAACAGUUUUUUUUAAAUGUAUACAUCUAAUCUGCUCUAUUCAUUUGAUAAUAUUGUACCAAUAUCUUGUGGUAUAUUGGACUUCCUUAUUGCCACAGUAAAAAAAAUCAGCAAUAACAUCUGAAACUGACAAAGACACAAAAAUAACAUUGAGAAUCGCUAUUAUCGUACAUGUUUUUGCUGUUUUCUUUCUCUAUGUAUUGUAGCAAGAAGUUUUGAUAUAGCAUGGUUUACACUUUUAUGUUACAAAUAUGAAGCCUAAACGCUCCAGUUUAAGGCUGGUAUUACUGUUGCAAGAGGGAUGACAAUGGGUCAAUUAAAUGUGUAGUUCAAUUAAGACCUCAUGUGUAUUUAAGAAAACAGGUGGAAGCGAUUGCAUAAUCGUUGUUUAAUACGACAAUUUUUUAACUGAGGGAAUUUGACCUAUCAAUAUGAGCUACAAUAUCUAAUGUGUUUUGCAUAGAGCUACACUAACUAUUAGCUGGCAAUAAAUUGCCUGGACAAGAGUGGUAGAGAAUUUAGGAUGCAUGCAGGAAAACACUAAAGCAUUAAGUGAGGACUUUUUGGCUAUUCCCAAUAAGGUUACGUGAAACACUAUCCUGUAUACUUUACACAUUUGAUUAUACUAGCAAUAAUUUGAUUUUACCAUCUUUAUGAUUGGACCAUUAUCCAAUCAAAUGUAUAUUCUCAAUAUGUACCAAAGAAACUCUCAUAUGUACAGACAAAGCAUGCUUAACUGCCUCCUAUACUGAAUGAGAUUGACUUCACCUGGCUAACAGAACAAGCCGUAAUGCCCACAUAUGGGACUGUUCUGUCAUUUUGAUUAUGAGUGAAUUGACCAAUCAGAAAUAGAUUGCUGCAUACUGAAGCCAUUUUAAUUAGAAUUGUCAUUUCAUUGCUAGUGGCGACAGGACAGUUAUUUAUUAUGGCUGAUAUGCUGGGUCUCAAAACACAUUGAGAAUCUGUUCACCGUCCCAUACAAACAAAUAGGCCUGGGUCUCAAAACACAUUGAGAAUCUGUUCACCGUCCCAUACAAACAAAUAGGCCUAAAUGGUUAUCUAACUAACACAUAGUUAUCUUUACUGCUCUAUGCCUUAUUCACAAAUUACAUAAUUGCAGAACAGUCUGUGCAAAAUGUACAGUAAGUCCCUAUCAAACCAAUGCAGUUUAAAUACAUUGUCUAUUUCUGUUGUCUUGCAGUGUUCUAUCCAAACAGAUGCGGUGUGGGUUGUGUCAUAGAGAUGGAAAGAGGGCACACCUAUCUUUGCCAUUCAUCACUUCUGUGACAGCAUGGGCAGAACCAUUGAGGGCUAUAUCAAUUUCAAAGUAGUCAAUGUCUUCUUCUUUUACUUCUAUGAGUUUAUUGGUGGUUUGUAAUCAAACUAAAAAGGUGUAUAGCUCCACCUACUGUGUUAGAGUGUGUAUAGUCUGAACAGGCAUAAAGCUAAAGUUAAUGAUUUAACUGCCACCUGUGGUGCUUGAAUCUUUGCUCAGGAGUACUUGGCUAAUCCCUUCUGCUGACUUGGAUGGAAUUCUGUUAUCCUUCCUUAACCCAUAGGUAGUCCCACCCAGUUGACUACUUUAAAAUGGUGAAAGCCUUUGAUGGCGCUGCCAAUGCUAAAACCGACUUUGUAGCAAGUGUGCCCUAUAUCCAUCUCUAUGGGUUGUGUGUGUCUAUCUGGCAGCCAGUGACAACACCACUGCCCUGUACUCAGAGAUCAUGAUGUACGUCCUGCUGGUCUUCCUCACCUGCUGGCUCCUGGUGGAGAUGGUCUACUGCUACAGGAAGAUCUCCAAGUCAGACGAGCAGGCCCAGGACACCGCGUGAGUAGCUCUUAGCCAUGUGUCUCAUGGCUGUUUAUCUCAUAGGCUUGUCUUGUAUCUCGUAGCUUUGUAUCUCGUAGCUUCGAAUCCCGUAGGCUUGUAUCUUACAGUCGUGUCUUGUAUCUCGUAGCGUUGUAACUCGUAGCCUCGUAUCUUGUAGCUUCGUAUCUCGUAGCCUCAUAUAUCAUGGCCUCGUCUCCAUACUGUAUGUACCAAGGCCAACUCUAGUCGUCUAUCAUUGCCCUGCACCAUGUAUCUAGAUGUAUGGUGCAGGGCAAUGAUUGACGACUAGAGUUGGCUUCAGCAUAUAUAGUAUGGAUACGAUGCUAAGUAUCUCAUACUGCAUGUGGAGUUUUGGCCUUACCCACAGUAGGCAUUGCUGACAAUGUGGCGUACAAUUUCCCUUGCUGAUUUUAUGACCCCUUCAAUAACUUGGGGGUAGUGAAUAGUUUACAUUUACUGUUAGGCCAUGCAGUAUCCAAUGUAUAGGUUGUGAGGUUUGUGAAAGAGUGUAAUGGAGGUGUAAUGGUCUGAAGGCACCUGCUAUCAGUAGUCGGUCAAUAGUAGUCGUGUUUCAGUAAGUCGUCUUUCUGCUGAGGUCCCUGGAUUGUUUGGAGCGCUCUGCUGACUCCUGUUCUGCCAUUUUCAAACAACCAAUUCAGUGCUCUGUGGAUUUGCAGCCGGAUCUGAAAUUGACUUGUUCUGUGGCCAAGGCUUAAAUAUAUUCCUGUGCUGUCAGCUCCCAAUGAUUGGUGAUGGUGCUGAGCGGUAGAUGGAAGUCAGUACAGUGGAUUGUGGCCAUCAAAUUUCAACCUUGCAGUACGAUAUUGGGUAAUAUACAGUGCAUGUUUGAAUCCAAUGACGCUAUUUCCUGUACCUUACACUGGAAGUACCAAUAGUGCAGGAUAGAUGUACACAGAACUUACUUAGGAAAUUGAGAGAAUGCCUGAAGGCAUCGAUUGAGAAAUGGGUUAAAAUAAUGCACUUCUGAACAAAUGAAGAGAGUACGCUGUUACAUUACAUGGUUCAUGACAGUUGUUCCACAAAUGCUUUUUAAAUAGAGAUCACUUUGCACUUUGCAUCAGUCUAGAGGCAAUGCCUAAUGACCCUAUGCCCAGGAAUACCACAGUAAGUUUAACCACCAGUGGUGUGUUGCGAGGCGUGACCUCCAUCCGUUCUAGUGCUGACAGGACUUAGGGCUCUGGUAAAUAAUAGUGCACUAUGGGAAUAGGGUGCCAUUUGGGACAUAGCUAUGGUAUUGAGCUGUUUGAGCAGAUAAACAUUAGAGGCACAUUGAUGGCAGCCAGCCAUAAUAUGUGACUGGCUGUUCAACAGUACAGGAUAAUGCAUCCAUUUAAAAGGAUCUGUAGCAUGCAUUACUGAUCCUAAAUCACAUCAAUUGUGGACUGUGGAGACAGGAUGAUCUCCACCAGUUGCACCUGUGGUUAACCGAUUUCCUACCGUUUUCCCACUUUCAUUUGACAUGGUCCUCUUACUUGGAUACUUUUUUAAAAAUAGAAUAAUGGCUAGGAAAUAGGCUAACUCAUGGGUUGUGGGAAUCCUAUUAGCAAAUGUGUCAUAGUUUCUAAGUCAGUAUCCAGGCUUAUGUUCGAUAUUGCUGUUGCCAUAUUGUCACGAAUAAACUGGAACAUUCCCAAUGAAAACGUAUCCCAAUUGUCUCAAUUGUUUUGCAGUUGUCUCAAUUGUUUUGCAUUGACGGAGUUCAAUAAGAAAGCCCCACUGAAAUGUACACAGUCUGAUGCACCACAGGGUCUUAGAUUUGCCUCUCUUUCUACCCAUCUACAGGACAGACUACCUAGCCAUUCCCUCAGAAAAUAAAGAGAACCUGGGUGUUCCAGUUACAGAAUAAAAGUGAUUGUCUCACACCAAUACGGUAUUUUGAAUGUGCCUCUCAAUCUGAUCUCGAUCAGAUAAUCACUCUCCCCUUCAACUCAUCGUAUGUAACUAACCGAGUCUCUUUCUGUUGCACCCGCAUCCGCCAUUUUCUUCCAUAAGACUUUACUCACUCACACCAUAGUAAUAACGUUCCCUUCCUCAACCACUCAUCUCUGGGCUUUAUCUCCAUUUACCAUCAGCUCUUUCUCACUCAUCGUACUAGUACUAAUAUUAAAAGUCUACCUAAUAGUGAAAAUAAUGAGAGGUGAAAACAAUAGUUAAAUAAGAAAUCCACUCUCCACAUGAGAUUCUGUGGUACCUGAUUUGAAGUGUUGUUUUCAAAGGGAGAGUGGCCCGAUUACAUCAGUGAUAGAAAUGAGGCCUUUGAACACUCUGAACAUACCCCCUGCUGAGUUCUCAGAACAGUGGACGGAGACAUGUUUUCUUAGUAUUGCUAAGGGGCUGUGUGAGGCACAGUACAUGUUUUUAGAGUGGUACGUUCUGUUUUUUUUAAGUGGAAGAAAGUUUAUUGUUUUACAUUUCUGAAUCUGUAUUAGAAUAUCUGUUAUUGUUGUACCUAAAAUGAAUUUUUCAACACAUCAAGCUACUUAGUCUGUCCUCUGUUUCAGGUACUGACCAAUGGUGUACCAAGCAGUUCGUAGUCACCUGACGAUACAGACUGAACUCUUUGAAGGGAACAUUCAGUGAUGAUGUCACAGCGCCCCUCAGCAACCAGGAAACCUGCCAAGUGGAGUCCCCUUUGUCUUGGUCUUGUGGUGUGAGCUAGCCAAAUACUUGAACGCUCAAGUUAUACUCUCCCUUCUUAUUUCACUCUGAACCACUCUGUGCCAGACAGCAGGGAUUUGAUGAUUAAGAAGUUGUUUAUGCCAUUUGAAUGUCACCCACAGAAAAAAAACUGAACCUACCGUUGCAGAGGACCAAGGAAUUACUUCAAAGCAAAUUACUUUUAAAUGUGUCAAAUGUUGUUAAAAUGCUAACAAUUAUACUGCACUGCACAUCAUUGGCGAGAUUACGGGUCAAGGUUUUGCUCUUAUACGACCGGUGUCUCUUCAUUAUCUUUUUACAGAAAUUGGAUUGCAUAGCUUUUCAAGUUUACUUCACUUAAGUUGUUUGGUGAAAUGAUAUGUUUAAUGCACAGUAUGACUGUGGUUUAUGAUAUGAACACUGAGUCCUCACGCUGGUUCUUAGUGUGACUCCAAGGCUCCAUUUAGCCAACUAUGUCAGAAGCUCCUUUUUAAGUUCAAUUCUCUUCCACAGAAAGAGCCUGGUAUGAGAAGAUGUUGUGUAUUUGGAUCUUAGAGAGUGACUAGGCUAUUUUACAAAAGAAGAAGAAAAAAUAUGGUACAAAGUCACAGUAAUUGGUCCCAGAGAUUCCUCCAUCUUUUACUCACGUCAUCAAUAUGGCUUUUUUACUCAGCGUGUUGUGAGCUAUGAAGUUUAUUCAAUGGCAUCUGAAGAAAUUCAAAACAAUGAUGCUGCAUAAUACAACUACUGUAUGCCCCAAUAGCCAAAUACUUGAUCAUGCUAAACCAUAUGCUGUUUAGGUUGUUGUUUUUUAAUCUACAGUAGCAUUGCUAUUGAGACUCAAAUAUGUGCCUACUUCUAUAGUUACAAUUAGUGUAUCUAUUGUGUACAAUCAUACCAUAUACUGUAUGUCUAACUGUAAGUCGCUCUGGAUAAGAGCGUCUGCUAAAUGACUAAAAUG